AAAACAAUGCAAGUGCUUCUGAUCAUCUCCCAAGCAAAGAAGCCAUGAAGAAGAACCAACUAAUUCUGUUGCCCAUUUUCCUGUCACUGCCGCUCCUAGCAAUCUCACAACCUACUCACCGAUACGCAUGCGAUAGAACCGAUCCCAACUCGAGCCAAUUUCCAUUCUGUAACACCUCCUUACCUUACCAGGACCGAGCCAGCGACCUAGUGUCGCGCCUCACCCUCCAAGAGAAGGCGAAGCAACUAAUAAACAGUGCCACAGGUAUUUCUAGGCUUGGUGUGCCCGAUUACGAAUGGUGGUCUGAAGCACUUCAUGGGGUCUCAAACAGUGGGAUUGGGGUGCAUUUUCAUGAUCCCAUCCCUGCUGUGACUAUUUUUCCAGCAGUGAUUCUCUCGGCUGCUAGUUUCAAUGAGUCAUUGUGGUACACGAUGGGGCAGGUUGUGUCCACUGAAGGUAGAGCCAUGUACAAUGUAGGUCAAGCUGGGCUGACAUAUUGGAGUCCUAAUGUUAACAUUUUUCGUGACCCCAGAUGGGGAAGGGGCCAGGAGACUCCAGGUGAGGACCCCCUGGUUGUUUCACGGUAUGCUGUAAACUAUGUCCGGGGUUUACAAGAAGUAGGUAAGGAGGGAAACUUUGCUGCUGAUCGCCUCAAGGUUUCAAGCUGCUGUAAACACUACACUGCCUAUGAUGUUGAUAAGUGGAAAGGGGUUGAUCGAUUUCAUUUUGACGCAAAGGUGACAUUGCAGGACCUAGAAGAUACAUAUCAGCCACCAUUCAAGAGCUGUGUAGAGGAGGGGCACGUAAGCAGUGUAAUGUGUUCAUACAAUAGAGUAAAUGGAGUUCCCACCUGCGCCAACCCAGAACUGCUCAAAGGGGUGAUCAGAGACCAAUGGGGUCUAGAUGGAUACAUUGUUUCUGAUUGUGACUCCAUAAUGGUAUAUCACGAGAGGAUGAAUUACACAGAAACACCAGAAGAUGCGGUGGCUCUUGCCUUGAAAGCGGGUUUAAACUUGAAUUGUGGAUCUUAUCUUGGUGACUAUACUAAGAAUGCAGUUAACUUGGGAAAGGUAAAAGAAUCUAUUGUCAACCAGGCCUUGAUAUACAACUACAUAGUCCUUAUGAGGCUUGGCUUCUUUGAUGGGGACCCAACAAUGCUCCCAUUUGGGAAAAUGGGGCCAUCCGACGUGUGCACCGUUGAUCAUCAACUGUUGGCUCUGGAUGCUGCAAAGCAGGGAAUAGUCUUGCUGCAUAACAAUGGAGCCCUUCCAUUGUCCCCAAAUACCACCAAGACAUUAGCUGUUAUAGGACCUAAUGCUGAUGCAACCAAUACCAUGUUAAGCAACUAUGCUGGUGUACCAUGUCGAUACACUAGUCCUUUACAAGGACUGCAGAAAUAUGUGUCAGCUGUGAGUUAUGAGAAAGGGUGUGCCAAUGUGAGCUGCAGUGAAGAAACCCUGAUUGAGGGGGCAGCCAGCAUUGCAUCCAUGGCUGAUGCCACUGUGGUGGUUGUGGGCCUUGAUCUAUUCAUUGAGGCAGAAGACCUUGACAGAGUGAACUUGACCUUACCUGGGUUUCAAGAGAAGCUUGUGAUGGAAGCGGCUAAGGCAGCAAACGGGACAGUGAUUCUUGUUGUUAUGUCAGCUGGCCCUGUUGACAUUUCCUUUGUGAAGAAUGUGAGCAAGAUUGGGGGGAUCCUAUGGGUCGGGUACCCAGGUCAAGCAGGAGGUGAUGCCAUAUCUCAAGUCAUAUUUGGAGACUACAAUCCAGGUGGAAGGUCCCCAUUUACAUGGUACCCUCAAGAGUAUGUGGAUCAAGUUCCAAUGACUGAUAUGAACAUGAGACCUAAUGCCACUUCAAACUUCCCAGGAAGAACCUACCGCUUCUAUACAGGGAAAUCGUUAUACCAGUUCGGGCAUGGCCUAAGCUACUCAACAUUUUACAAGUUCAUAAAAUCAGCCCCCACCACCGUUCUAGUCCAUUUACUGCCCCAGAUGGACAUGCCUAACAUUUUCUCUUCCAAUUACCCCACAAUGCCAAACCCCAAUACUAAUGGCCAAGCCAUUGAUAUCUCAGCCAUAGACUGCAGGAACUUGAGCAAUAUUGAUAUAGUGAUUGGAGUGAAGAAUGCGGGCGAAAUUGAUGGUACGCAUGUUGUGCUAGCGUUUUGGAAGCCACCAAGGUCAGGAGUGAGGGGGGCACCAGGAGUGGAGCUGGUGGGGUUUGAGAGAGUGGAGGUGAAGAGAGGGAAGACAGAGAUGGUGGGAAUGAGGUUGGAUGUGUGUGGAAAAAUAAGUAAUGUGGAUGAAGAAGGGAAGAGGAAGUUGGUGAUGGGGAUGCAUACACUUGUGGUUGGUUCUUCAAGUGAGCAACAAGCGAGGCACCAUGUCAACUUUAGGCUUGCUAAAAGUGAGCCCCAUAUGAUGUAAAUUGGGGCACAAACUUUAAUGCAAUGUAAGGCAUCGUGUCAACAUUAGGCUUGCUCAAAAUGAGCCAUGGUACAACGAGGCAUAAAGUGGAAAAUGAAAACCGCUAGAGGAAGGGCUUGAACCUUCGACCUUGUGGUUAACAGCCACACGCUCUAACCAACUGAGCUACUCCAGCUGUUGGUUUUUUUUUUAAAUUUACAUUUAUAACUAUAUAAUUCUUUGAUGUGAUAAUAUUAGAAGUUAGAAGGCAAUUGUCAGUAUUAAUUUUAGAAGGUACAUAUGCAUGAAGGUCCCAUAUGUGGAAAUAUGAUGGUCAGAUGUAAUGUGGUUGAUGUAUGCAUUUUAUUGCAGUAAGAUAAUAUCAAUUUCUUAAUAGAUUUAUUCCUAUGAUGCUCUCCCAAAGGCAUCCCACCUCUGAUUUGAAUGUUAUGGUAGUUGUUUUUUUUUCUGUCACAGGUUUGAAACAACAUUCACACACCCAUUUAAGGUAGCUUGACCAUUUCCACAAUGCAUCAACCACUCUAUAACCUCCCCAUGUGUGUAAAAGACCUGUUCAAUCAACUUCAGAAAGACACCCACUACAAAGUCUCAGUGCCAUUCAGAGUCUUUUACAAGAAUGGAGCUUCAAGUAAAGCCCACCCUCAUUAUCACUUUCUUCCUCACCAUCCUCAUUCAUUCACGCCUGGUCCACCCCCGCAACCUAGCAGGCUCCCCAUCACCUGCAGUACCGGUCAAUGGCGAGCCAAUCGGCAUGGAGAAAAACCUGUUUGAACGAGGAAGUGAAAAGGCAAGGCGGGGAUCGUUUCCGGCUCGUUGCCACUCAAAGUGCAACCAAUGCAUGCCCUGCAUGCCAGUUGAAGUGACAGUCCGGGUAGAAGAGCAGGAAGAGAAUGAGUACUAUCCCCAAGUGUGGAGAUGUAUGUGCCAUGACACAAUGUUCUCACCCUAGUAACAAGAACCCAUCCAAUUCACAUGGAAUUCUUUUACCUGAUUUGUGAGAGUCACUUCUGUUGAUUCUUCAAUCAUCAUUAGUAUAUAGGCUUGAUAUAUAUCUCUCCCAAGGGAAAAUAUUUCACUCAAACUUUAGCAUUUCUACAUCAGAUUUUCUCUGCACUACAGUUCUUGAAUCUCUUUUUUUUUUUUUUUUUGGGUAUGGGACAAAAGUAACAGAAAGAAAGAGGGUAAAUGAUGAAGAAUCCAAACAACUGCCUCAUAGUAAAAAUAAAAUUAUAAUUAACCCAAAUCAUAUGACAACAUCUUUAUGGUUCUGUCAUUAAAUUAAUGAAAAAAAAUAUGAAACUAAAUAUCUAUAAAAAAUAAGCUGCAACCCAGACUUUGUCAAAUGAGUGCCAAUGCAAACUCUCAGGCAAGAGCUUGGACCUUCACACUCCAUGAUACUCUCUAUCCGAUCUUGAUUUAGCUGGCUGGAAGUCGAGUAUAAUAGCCGCUCCCAGAUGGAAGAAAAUAAUGCUUGG